AAUGGGACAGAACCAAAGUAGCGAUAGUGAGCAAAUUGAGACACUAGAGGAAAAGGAACCCAGCCCAGACCCAGGGGGUCUUGAGAAGGAAGGAAACACAAGCGAGGUGACCUGCAGAGAGGUGGAGGAUGGAGAGGGACUGGUAAGGGAAAGGCUGGAUAUGAGCCCAGGCACACAGCCAGCAUCACCUACUCUGAAGCUGGAUACUCACUCUCUCAAAAAAGGGGCCCCUCCUAUAGACUGGGAAUGGAUACAGGGAGGGGAUGGAGAAAGAGAGGGAGGAAGAAAAAGAGGAGAGGGCGAGGGAGGCAGGACUGAAUUUCAGGGUUUGCAGAAGCUGAAAAAUAUUCAAGUCACUAAGAGAGGCGCGUUGAGCACUGAAGUUGCCGGCUCUUUCAAACCAGAGUGCAUAGCUGUGGCAGAAAGGAGCAACAGGAUAAACAUGGAGAACUCACUGAAUGAAAGUCAUGAAUGGAAGGUAAUGCCAAAGGACAACAUCCAGGACCUUGCAUGGGACUUAACUAGCAAAGAGGAGAAUGAGAAAGAGAGUGUCAUUUCAGUGGUUACUGGCAGCCAUAAGGAACAAGAUGGAAGCAGCAUGACCGAUACUUUGGAUGCUCCUGACAUUGAGGCCUUAACUGUCACAGAGGAUUUACAUGAUGAUUAUUUUUCAUUUGAGGCACCAAACACUGAGGCACCAAUCAGAGUAAAGGAGAAGGACGAUCUAGAGACAAUGAAUCCUCUAUUGCAAAUGAAUUUACCUGGAGAAAAUCCACUAUGGCAAGACAGACCUUCUACCUGUGUAAUGUCAUGUGAACCAUACUUGGCUGAAGAUGACAGAAGAUCAUCAGUUUCUACUUCUCCUAGAAGCAACCUAAAAUUACAAUGCCAAGAGAAGGUAAUUUCUAGUGAACCGGGUAAUUUGGGGGUACAGGAGCAUACAGUAACUCUUGCCACAUUUGACCUGCUGGACAGAUCUGAGUUUAAAACAACAGAGAUGUUAUUACCGAACAGCGGAGAUGUCUGUUAUUUCACCACCACAGUGGAGAGCAAAAUCAGGGAUAACUUUGAAAAUAUACAAAAACCCCAGGCUGCAGGUAGUAACAUAGAGUGUACUAAUACAACAGAGAAGAGCACAACUAACCCAGAUUUCUCAGCUGAGGCAUCUUUGUGCAGUGCAAUCUACAACAUUCCAACCAUGUCAGGGUUUGAAGAGAUACAGGAAGAAGAAAAGCACUCAUCUACAUCAUACUUGGAGAAACAGAAGAAUAAUGCAGAGAGAAAAUCUGAGUUCACAUGUGAUGCAGGAGGAGUGUAUAAGGAUGCUGAAGAGGUCCCUCUUGAAAAAGAAGACAGAGUUGAUUAUCAUCCCCCAACAGAGACAGUCAAUGUUCAAACUGAGAAAAUUCCUGAGCAGUUUCUGGCAGUGGUAACUGGACAGUCUGAGAUGCUGUCACUUCCUGAAAUGGCAAUGGGUGAAAUGGCUCUCCAUCCGGCCUUGAACGUAACCCUGGAAUCUAAAUAUGUUAGGGAGAGUGAAAUGAGAAAUCGAGACAUGUUUGUCUUUAAACCUAGAACAUCAGAGAGUGACUGGGACAAACAAUUGGGUAAAAUUCUGUUUUCCAACCAAGACAGCAGUGAGGGAAACACUGUGGCAACAGUGAAUCUUUUGAAUAAGCGAUCAACUGGAAUGUUAGAGGAAGAUAGAAACAAAUCCUUUGGUGAGAUGACAUCACCACUGAGUGACAGAGACAACCAGAGUGCUGACAAAAACCUAAUUUCAUUUACAGCUAUUUCUCAGGAAGCAUCUGGAUCAGUGAACUCCAAGCUCAUCUCUGUGUCAGAAAGCACUGCAGGUCAUGAACAUGACAGGCAUCUGCUGUCACAUGUAGAAUCAAAGCAUCGUGAACCUUUGCCUGAACUUUCAAAAUCUAUGGACAGACAUGAACUAAAAAAUAUGACAAAAGAGACAAAGCUUUCCAUUGAAGACCCCGUAAAAUUAUUCACUGGUCCGGUUAAGGAUGGAUGUGUGAGUUCUGUACAGCAGAACCCUAGGACAGAUAAUACCUCCACUCAUCUAUUUGUACAAAAUCCCAUGCAACUGCAAUCCAUUGGACAGUCUCACACUCCUGACAGUGACACUACUAUGCCAACCCAAACUGAUCAACACAUUGCAACAAGGAAUGAACAAACGCCUGUAUCUGCUCAGGGUGUCAUCCCAGCAAGGGAAAAAGCUGAAGACACACCAAAAGGCAAGCCUGUGUCUAACUUGAUAAAAGAAACCAUCCAGUUGCAUGAGAAGAAGAAGGAGUGGACCAAAUCUGCAGAGGUGAAAGCUGAUGUGGUUUUGGACUCUGCACAGUCUGUCAAAGUGGCACAGAUAAAGGCAGCAUUCGACUCGCCAAAAAAGUCACUGGAAAAAAGUCUGGAACAAAAACCUUCAGUUAGGAAAGAUAUGAGACGGGUGGUGCGGCAAAGUAAGUUCCGGCACGUGUUCGGCCAGGCGGUGAAGAACGAUCAGUGCUAUGAUGACAUCAGGGUGUCCCGGGUUACGUGGGACAGCGCCUUUUGCGCAGUCAACCCCAGAUUUGUUGCCAUCAUCGUGGAGGCCAGUGGUGGUGGAGCGUUCAUGGUUCUGCCUCUUCAAAAGACGGGUCGUAUAGAUAAGUCCUACCCGACGGUAUGUGGACACACAGGGCCUGUGUUGGACAUCGACUGGUGUCCUCACAAUGAUCAGGUGAUUGCCAGCGGCUCAGAGGACUGCACCAUCAUGGUUUGGCAGAUCCCCGAGAACGGUUUGGUGACCCCUAUGUCGGAGCCUGUGGUGGUACUGGAGGGCCACUCCAAAAGGGUGGGCAUUAUCACUUGGCACCCGACAGCCCGCAACAUUCUGCUCAGUGCUGGCUGUGAUAAUAUGAUCAUGAUCUGGAACGUGGGCGUGGGUGAGGCGCUCAUCACGCUGGAGGACAUGCACCCAGAUGUCAUCUUUAGUGCUUGCUGGAACCGCAAUGGCAGUCUCAUCUGCACGGCCUGCAAGGACAAGAAAGUGCGUGUUAUUGACCCACGCAAGGGGGAGAUUGUUGCGGAGAGGGAUAAGGCCCAUGAGGGCGCAAGACCCAUGAGAGCCAUCUUCCUGUCUGAUGGGAAUGUCUUCACUACUGGCUUCAGCCGCAUGAGCGAGAGGCAGCUCGCACUCUGGAACCCGCAAAACAUGGAAGAGCCGAUUACAGUCCACGAAAUGGACACGAGCAACGGAGUCCUCCUGCCUUUUUAUGACCCUGACACCAACGUGGUGUACCUGUGCGGAAAGGGUGACAGCAGCAUCCGUUACUUUGAGAUCACUGACGAGGCACCAUAUGUGCAUUAUCUCAACACAUUUUCCAGCAAGGAGCCGCAGAGGGGGAUGGGAUACAUGCCCAAAAGAGGCCUGGACGUCAACAAGUGUGAGAUCGCCAGAUUUUACAAGCUGCAUGAGAGGAAGUGUGAGCCUAUCAUUAUGACUGUGCCAAGAAAGUCGGACCUGUUCCAGGACGAUCUGUAUCCUGACACGGCAGGACCUGAUUGCGCCAUUGAGGCCGAGGACUGGUUUGAGGGCAAAAACGGCGAACCUAUCCUGAUCUCGCUCAAGGACGGCUACAUCCCAGCCAAGAACCGUGAUCUCAAGGUGGUCAAGAAGAACAUUCUGGACAACAAGCCGAAGCCCAGCAAGAAUGCAGAGAACAACGCCACUGCUCCUGCCCCUAAAACGGCCAGCGCAGCCCCGAGUGUCAAAAGUGACCCCAAAUUGGAUGAGGUCCUGAAAGAGAUCAAAUCCCUCCGAGAGCUGGUGAGCAGUCAGGAAAAGCGAAUCGCCAAGCUCGAGGAGCAGUUGUCCCAGAUGGACGUCUGAAGGACCCAGUCCCCCCCGCCCCUCCCCCAACAACUUUUCAGGAAAUUCUAUUGGCCAGGUGGGCGGGACUAGUCACUGCCAGUUACUGCGACUUUUUUCCGCCUGAGACCUGCCCAACAUUCCAAGACGAACUUUUUUCCCCUCUAUUGAUUUAUUCUUUUUUUUUGUUUUGUUUUUUGUUUUUUAAACCCUUCAACCAGGUACAUUUACAAAACGACAGCAAGAAAGAGACUAAGCAUAGAUCUCUCAAAAGCCAAGGUUUUUUUCUUCUUUUUUUUUCUUUAAACUAAACCUUGUUCCGAAAGUGACACUUGUAAUGUUUAGUUUUUUUUUCAAAAGGUGUUAAGCAUUCUUUCUUUUCUUAUAGUACAUAAAAAGAAAUUGUGACCAAUAUUCCAAUGUGAAGCAUUCGCCAAACUUGUGUAUGCUUAGAUAUUGAAACCAGUAUUGCAUUCCUCCCCACCCCUUCUUCUUUGUUGCCAAAUUUUUAGAGGAAGCUUACAUGGGCCUCCUUGACAGUAUUUGACCAUAGUUUUUUUUUUUUUGUUUUGUUUUUUAAGAAAUACACUUAGUCCACAUUGUACAAAAAGGGACAUUGCAAUAGGCUGGUAACGCAAGUGAGGGGAUUUAUUUGAUUUCUUCGACCCUUUAAAAGCUCUACAAGAAAUAUUCCUGUGUUGAUGCUGAUUUUAACCAAGCAGGCUGGAUGUACAGAUUGACAGAGGAAAGCAACAGAGGAAAGCAACAUCCACAUACUGACACGGUUUUAUAUUUAGCUUGAACUUUUUUCAGAAUUCUGUUUAACAUGAACAUUUAGAGCCUUUUUUUUGUUUGGAAAUGGUUUGUAUAGUGGUAUAACGUUUCAGCAUUAUCCGUGAACACUGAACACGGUGUCUCAUCGACACUUGUCUGAUUUUUCUCAUCAUUCCAAACUCUUCCCUUCCCCUCUGUCACACCCACCCCCACCCACCCCCAGAAUUAGUAUCCUAUCCUUAUUCUAAAUGCAUGCAAUAAAGGUUUUUUUUCUUCCUAAUUUCUGAACAUAUUCCCGAAUCUCCCCUCCACCCACGUCUCAUUUUCUGUCUUUGGUAAAAUAGUUGAGUCAAAAGUUCCACAUGAUGGUCCAUGUUUAAAAUAUCCAGCAGUUUUUUUUUUGCCCCCUCUACCCCCAGAUGAUUCUGUAUUAACAUUUUACAUCAAAUCAGUUGUUAUUCAGACAGGGCCUGAUUCUGGCUCAUGGUGGAUAUGUUGAUGUGAUAUUUGAACAUCCUGUUAGCCAUGUUAGCAUUCUUUAUCAUGCCACCUUUUCCUUAUUUUGUUUUUCUUUUUUUUCCCCUUUUGUUAGUAUUUACAUUUCUAACUCCAAAUUGAAUCUCGUAAGACUAUGUAACUUCCUGGACAUGUAGUUCCUCAACAUGCUUCAGUGCAUCUUGAUCUCUAGGCUGAUGCCUUUGCCCUACUCUUCUAUACUUCCUGUUUCUGUUGUUCAGGAAGUAGUGACUGCCCUGCUCUCUUAGCCAUGCAAAACUGACUCUUGCUUUGGGUGUAGCUCAAGUUUGUCUAGACUGUGUCCUAUUCUAUAAAUGAAGAGUAAACGCUGACUCAGGUUAAGACAUGCUUAAUGGGUAAGGUGCUUCAGGGUCAGGGGAAUAAAACAGUGAUUUCACACUUGCCUUUUUUCCCCCUCCAUCAGAAAAAGUCCAUAUCUCACUAUAUAUGCUUUAUAGCAUGUUCAUAUUAUAAGUUGUUCAUAAUAUUGGUAAAAAAAAAAUGUAUGAGAUUUAAGAUGAUCAGGAGGAUGUAUGCCAUCUAGAGGAAUAAAAAAAAUCAAGGGAAGUUGAGAAUAACAGUUUGUUUGUUAUAUUGGAAUAUUGAUAAUGGAAUUUUCCACUCGUAACAUCCUAUCAUCUAAAUUUUGACUAACUUUCUAUCUUAUGAUCUGAUUGAAUGAGAGGUUUUCAAGGGAUUUUUUUGGAAGCUCUCAAAAAAAUCCUGAUGGUUGAGGGAGAAAAAAACACCAAGCGUGAAAUCACCGUAAGAACGUUUCUGUUGUAAUUCACGUGAUUACCUCAGUGUACGGCUCCUGCUACCUUUUUUUCCCGUUUUGGUCUUUGGGCUCUUCUUUCUGGAACUGAGAUGUGUUCACAGGUGUCUUAGAUCCUCUUUAUUGUUGCUCACACCACGUAUGAAAUGUACAGUACCUUUCUGUCUUAUUGUCCCUUCAUCAACACUGUUUUAGUUAAGAUUUUAGAAGGGAUUUUGUUGAGUCAAGAGCUUUAUUUACAUGUGAUGAUGGGGGUAAGGUUCUGGAAGAAUAGAUGUGCCAUUUUUUUGAUACGCUAGCUAGUGUUUUUUGUUGUUUUAGAGAAUGGUGGAUGCAUGCAUGAAAGAGUAAAAAGAUUUACUGUUAAGUCUGAAUUGGUAGAACAACUUUGGAGGUUUGAGCCUGAUUUAGUUUUUGUAGCAACGUAUAGAAUUGAAAUUUUGAACCUUUUAUACCGUUGAUUUGAUUUCUCAAAUGUGACUGGUCAGGAGGUGAAACAAAGUAUUUGUCAUUCAUUAUUAAAUAAAUAAAUAAAAAAGUGUGUGUUGCUAAAUUGCUGUGUUCCUAACACUAAAGUCAAUCCACUUCUCAGACACACACACACACUUCAUUGCCUAAUUAUUUUACUUGUAUUCCUCCAAAACUAUUCCAUAAAGCAGUGAAAAGUUUCGUGGUUGUUUUCAAACAAGUAAUCGUUUCCAGCUAAGAAAACCACCGGUGUUUAUCAUGUUACUUUAAAAAGGUAUUAAAGGUAUUAGCGUCACUGCUCCGUUGACUUGUACUGUAUUUGUGUCUGAGAAUAAUUGGAUUUUGUGAUUAGGACACCUUGUUGAUUUGAAUCCCACUGGUUCAAGUGAAAUCAAACUUGUUAGUAGUUUUUUCACUGAUCCCAAUAUUAUUGUGAUGUAAGGUCGUAAUGGUUGCUUUUCCCUCCAAGGUUAUGGAGUGUUUCUGUGAGUUUUGUGAUGUGUUGUAACAGAGUAUGUGACAAACCUGAAGGAUUUUGGUAAGGUUGAUGAGAGCUUGAACUAGAAAGCUUGGAGGAUGUGAUUUCAUGAAAUUGCUCUGUAAAUAUCUCCACUUCUCAUUCCAAUGCUGCCUCUGUCAAACUGCAUAAGAAACUGAAGCCAUAGUUUCCAAACUCCCCCUGUUCACUUUAAAUGGAACAUAAAGUGAAUAAAUCCAAUAAAGUCUGAGGAAAAAAAAA